UUAAGACAUCGCUCAAACCACCUCAGCGUGACAACCGUAUCUUUCAGAGGCGAAAGAUCUUUGAUUUGUACCGGUGGCAUUGAUGUCAUCCAAUGUGUACCAGUGAGUGCGAUGGCUGGCAUGCUUCCUCGUACCUUGGAUACUGGGAGAGGUACUCCGAGCGACACAGCCUCACUAUUUAGUUGGAGCCACCACCGAGCACUGCUCUAAGGUAUCGGAUGUUUGGCACCUCAUUUAUGCCUGAAACUCCAACAUGUACACGCUUUGAGGUUCUUCUUUGGAUGAUAGUGCUGAAGAUCCGUAGGAGGCGGUAGCGGUAUUGGGUACCAUCGGCGGUAUCGGUACCAGCUGUAGAGGUACAAUACCGAAAUAUCAAAUCAACCGCCAUCACUCAAAUCUUUUGAAAGAAGGACAUUUGCUUGUUCUUUCUUUUCGUGAUCUUCUUUGAGUUACGUUGACCAUGAUGUUUCUCAAGACGAUUGUCGCUCCAUGGAUGCUCCUUGCGUCCCUUGUGGUUGGUGUCGAAGGACGUGGGACGCUUCGAGGCAAUGCUACCCAUCAUGACUUUACCAAUGAGACUGCUGCUGUGAAGAACGCUGAGAGAGACCUCACGGGCUACAAUAAUAAUCUUCCCCAAUUCCGCUUUGUCAAUCGUCAGUACAAUCUUGGUCGUUGUGAAGGAGACUGCCACGGUCAGAACAGCCGUUGCCGUGGAAGUUUGAUCUGUGUCUAUGGUGCCAACGCCGGUGACUUAUCCCAAUUCUGCCGUGGUCAUCCUAACGCUGGUCUAGAUUAUUGCCUGCCAGGUGGGGCUUGGACAGGUGGAGGUGGAAGCUAUGGAGGUGGAGGUGGUGGCGGCGGUGGCGGAGGCUACGGCAGCGCAGGCUACGGUGGUGGCGGAAGCGGUGGCGGUGGAAACAACUAUGGUAGUGGCGGAGGAAACAACAACUAUGGAGGUGGAAACAACUAUGGUGGCGGAAACAACUAUGGAGGUGGAAACAACUAUGGUGGAGGCUACAACAACAACCAUGGAGGUGGCUACAACAAUGGAUAUGGAUACAGGUCAGGUUCAGGUUCAAGGAGCGGGAGCAUGAUGUACUAUGGAGGAGGCUAUGGUGGCGGCUACGGCUAUGGUGGCGGCGGCCGCAACCAAGGAGGAGGAUAUGGUUAUGGUGGUGGCAGCCGCGGAGGCGGUCGAGGUGGCGGAAGAAGGCAGGGUGGCUACUAGCUUGUAGGCACACCCUGAUGCAAUGAGGCGACGCGACAAGCCAGUGCAUUGGCCAUUCAAGACAACACGUACUCUUGUAUCCCAUGUUUUUGUUUCAUUGGAAGUGAUUUUGGUUUCUUGGUGAACUCCUCGGAAAGGGAGGGGGGGAGUUUCCCAUGUCCCUUUUGAUGUAGCAACAAAACACCUCUAAAUUUGGGUUUACAUUCACGUCUCACU